AACGCACUACAGGCAGCAGCACGCUCAGGAUCCGUAGAGACUGUAAGGCUAUUGCUCGAUAGGGGCGCCGAUAUCAAUGCACAGGGAGGGUCCUACAGCAACGUACUACAGCACGCAGCAUGGGGUCUUACAGAGAUCGUGCAACUUCUGCUCGAUAACGGCGCCGAUGUUAAUGCGCAGGGAGGUUCCUUCGGUGACGCACUACGGGCAGCAGUAUUGUCAGGCUCCGUAGAGACUGUAAGGCUAUUACUCGAUAGGGGCGCCGAUAUCAAUGCACAGGGAGGGUCCUACGGCAACGUACUACAGCAGGCAGCAUAUGCAGCCACCGCAGAGAUAGUAAGGCUGUUACUCGAUAGAGGCGCCGAUGUUAAUGCACAGGGUGCACUGGAAACUGCA